AUGUCCUUGUUCAGACUUCGGGAAUGGUGGAGUACAAAAUGUGGAGACUCUGAAGAGUUUGAAAAGGGAUCAUUAUGUAUUGGAAAUGUGGAUAAUGAAAGAGGUGAUUCCGGGACUUGUUUUUUGGACAAGAUUGUUGUUGGAAGUUUAUCGGGAAUGUUGAGAAUAUACAAACCUCAGAAGAAUAGCUAUUAUCCUACCGAUUUAUUGUUAGAAAAACAGUUGGAGGCCCCAAUUUUGCAAUUGGAAAUCGGAAAGUUUAUUCCAAAUUCGAGAGACAAUGCAUUGGGUGUGUUGAUGCCAAAAAAGUUUGCAGUGUAUACAAUCGUAAAACAAGCUUCAGAUUACUCAUCGGAACAACAAGAUAGCAAUGCAAUGGAGGGUUACGCAUUACAAUUAUAUUAUGAGCACGCUCUUCAACGAUUGUCUUACAAUUUUUGUUACGGACCCUUUGGAGGCGCUUAUGGAAAAGACUACAUUUGCAUUCAAUCUUUUGAUGGACAAUUAUCAUUCUUCGAACAAGAUCAUUUCACUUUUCAUAGAUUUCUCUCGACAAGUUUAAUACCUGGCCCGUUGACAUACAGUAGAUCAAUGGAUAGUUUUAUCACGUUCAAUUCUUCUAUGGAAGUAGAAGCAUACAAAUACCAAAUGUUAGCAGCUUCUUCUGGAUCUAAUCAAAAAGAAAAUUCAAAUGGAAAGAAAGUAAAAGCGACGUGGUCCGUGAAUGUCGGAGAAGAAGUUUAUGACAUUGUAGUUGGGAGAUACAGCCAAUAUUUAUCAGCAGGACAGAGUGAAAUCCUUGCUGUGGGAGAAAGGACCCUUUUUAGCAUUAAGGAAAAUGGUGAGCUUGCAUCACAAAUGAGGUUUGACUACUUUCCAAGUGCAGUGGAGCUAUACAAACCAGGAACUGAUCAGAAUGACAGGUAUAAUUUACUAAUUGGAACCCACAACAAAACAGUCAUGAUUUAUUCUGACCCAAAAUUAGCUUGGGCUGCAGGUAUGACUUCAACCCCUGUUGCGAUCCGAGUAGCUAAUAUUGGAGGAAUUAAAGGAGUAAUUGUGACACUAGACGAAGAAGGCAAUUUAGCAUUAAAUUAUUUGGGAACAGGUGCCAUAUCAAAUACAGUUCCCACUCUUGAAAACAAGGAUGUCGACUACGAACGACUGGAAGAAGAAACAAAACGAUUACAACAAAUUAUUCGAAGAACAAAACGAAACCAAAAAGACGAAUCAUCGGAAUCACUUAUCAUACGAGCUCAAAUUCCAAACACUGUUGACCCCGAAUCGUUUAAUACUGGAAAUGAGAACAAACGAGUAACCAUUCAAUUGUAUAUUGGCUACACUGGAAAUAAUUGUGUGCUUGAAAACAUUACGGUCAAUUUCCAUGUCGAAAAACCAUUUUAUGUAAUUUCGCCUACAACCUACAUUACCACUCUUAACGGAGGUAACCAAAGCACUCCUUUCGUUUUACCUGUAACUGUUUUUGGAGGAAGUGACUGCACACCAAAGAGCUUGGAGGCUAGUGUGACAGCUAUUUAUCACGAUCCAGUAACUGGCCAGCCGAAAAUAUCCAACUGCAAUUUCCUUCUUCCGUUUGGGCUCUGCGGAGAUGUCGUUCCUGCAAAGAAAAGCUCAACGCAUAAGAUUACUCUUGACACCAACAAAUCCCCAAUUCCAAUAGCAACCUUAUUUGAAGAUUUAAUACAAAAAGAUGAUACAGAGACGUCCAACUUAAUAAGUGAGAACAUUUUAACUAUGCAAUAUUCAAACGGAAAAGAUGCAACCAUCCUUGUUUCAAAGAAUGCUGGAAGGUACAGAAUUCAAUCGUCUUCAUUAGACGCAAUGUACAUUUUAGUCAAAGAGACACUACGAAGGCUCAAACAAUGCGCCACUGCUCUUCAAAUGGAGGAUAAACAACCAAUGAAAAUUGAAUUUACAGAAAAUAUGCCAUACUACCCUUACUUUGAUGUCAUUGAUGCUCAUUUCAAGAACAGAUUAGGACUUCACAUAUACUAUCAACAAUUAGACAAGCUUGCUGCUCAAUUCCGAGCUUUACAAAAGAGAUUAUUAGUUCGAUACAAAGACAAGAACCCAACUUCCAUUAACAGUUUAGAUAUACUUUUUGACAAGACUUAUCAAGAAAUUUUAGCUCUCACUAAAAAGAUAGAGAAAACCCAGCAAUCUCUGAAAGAAGCAUCUCAUGACCUUACUUGUUCGACGUUGUUGAUGCAUGUGCUUGUUACACUCAGCCAUUCUUUGGAUGACAAAGAGACAGAAGUUUUGGAAAAUCAUUGGCCCUCAUUUGUCAAUGACGAAUCUCCUGGCUGGGAGGAAACGGCUGAUUUUGGCUUGGGUCAAUUAUUGAACACCGUGCUAACCAAGAAUCCAAAGGAAAAAAGCUUUCAGACAGAGCUAGAGAUGCUCACAGACACGAGUCGCCUGAAAAAGAGAAUUGCCAACGUGGUUGAAAAACUGCAAUCGUACAAGUUGGUACCCGCCGAAGCCAAAGACGAGAAAAAAAAGUAG